AUGGGGCUUUCUAACUACAAUCGCCGACUUGUCAAGAAUUUUGCUUCUAUUUCUACGCAUCUGACAAGGUUGACUCAAAAAGAGGAAAGAAACAUUAUAGCAUAUGCUUCAACAAAAUUGAAGAUUCAUAAGAGCAACUAUCUAAUGCAUAAUUUGGAGUUGGCAGCGGUAGAGGAUAUGGAAGAGUUUCUCAAGAAUUAUGAUGUGGCCAUCCAGGGCAUCUCAGAUAAAGAUGGACUGUUAGCCAAUAUUGAGGUUAAGCCCAUUUUUAUUGAAGAAAUUAAAGCUAAGCAGUUAGAAGAUGAGAAGUUGAACAAGCUCAGAAUUAAGAUGAUUUCCGAGGAGGCCCUAAAUACCACUCUCGGUAUAGGUGGUGUACUCAGUUUUAGAGGAAGAAAUUAUGUUCUUUGGGUUGAUGAUUUGAUCCAAAAUGUGUUGCCAAAAUCUCAUGGUUCGCGAUAUUCAAUUUAUCUGGGUGUAACCAGGAUGUAUAGGGACAUGAGGGAAACUUUAUUGGUGCUUGGGAUAAAGAAAGACAUAGCAUAG